GCUGUGACCCCGCCCUCCACGUUGCCCACCCCAUCCCUAUCUCUCUGUCAGGGCUAGUGAGUGUGUGAUCCUAGCAGACCCAGGCCUUGCCCUGUCUUGGCCCUGACCGCACUGCUCCAGUGGUAGAAGAUUGGAAGGUUAACCAGGCCCAGAGAGAAGUGCUGCAUGGUCCCACUGCCCUGUUGGUGUAUGACCUGUUGUGUGCCGAAAACAAGUUCACAGUAUCCCACUGCUCGCCCAUAAAUUCCCAUUUCUCAUCGCUCGGCACAGUACAUCCUCCUGUCUUCGGCUCUCUCUUUGUUUUUUCUCUUCUCUCAUCAUUCCAUACACUUAUUCACGUCGUCCAGCUUAAUCCAUGACUUCUGGCCUAUCACCAUGGCGUACAAAUCACGCUUUUCUUUCUGGGAGCAAAAGGUUAAAGUUGAGAACAAGCCAGAUUCUGAUGUAGACAGUAGUCAGCCUCAGGCAGGAACUAAACUUGGGCUAGACACUGGAAGUGGUCCACAAUUACCUGCAUCAUCAGCGGAAGAGUCCAGCAGUAACAUUGCCAUGCCAGACACUCCAGGAGAGGAUCAGAGCUCUGGCGGUAAAAAGGUGGUGAGGAUUGUGAGAAGAGUUGUUCGACGUGUGGUUCCUGCUGGGACAGAAGAACAGAAUCCACCACCAGGAGCUGCUUCUGCAUCCGCUGCAGACGCUGUUCUCCAAAAACCCAGAGCCGCUGGGGGGGACAAAGAUGAUAUAUCCAUGGGAUUGACCAGUCUGAUGGGCAGAGGUAGAACCAAGGAACACCGGCCUCGCACCCGAACCCAGGACCGCAAAGAGGAGGAGCUGAAGCCGGAAGAGGAGAAAGGAAAGAUGGAGGAAGAGGAGGAGAAACCUAGUGUGGAAAAACCAGAGGAGGCCUCAUCUGGACCCACUACUGCUGCUCCAACCUCUGCACCAUCGAAGGCUAACCCCUUCACCGCGCCCGCCGGGUUCAUCCCUCCACCCAAAGCUGACCCUUUGGCCCCACCUGCCGGGUUCAUCCCUCCACCCAAACCCAACCCUUUGGCCCCACCUGCAGGGUUCAUCCCUCCACCCAAACCCAACCCUUUGGCCCCGCCUGCUGGUUUCAUCCCUCCACCCAAACCCAACCCUUUGGCCCCGCCUGCUGGUUUCAUCCCUGCACCCAAACAGAAUCUGUUGACUCCUCCACCUGGUUUCAUCCCUGCCAGAAAAACUAGCCCAGUGCCCCCAAAACAGAAUCCUCUAGCAAGACCUCCAGGUUUCGUCCCCGUCCAAAAGACAGAUUCCUUGGCUCCUCCUGCAGGGUUCAUCCCAAAGUCUCGUUCACUUGCUACAAAGAAACCGGAGGUUAAGGAGACAUCUUGCCCCCCUGUGGUCCCCAAUGGUAAACCAUCCCCUGGUGUACUGCCCCAUGCCCAGUCUGCACCGAAUGAACAGGUCCCAGAGCUGAUUCCCUCUGAGGAAGACUACAAGCGUGUGAAGAGGAUCUUCACUAUCGAUGGCAAUGAUCGUGCCAGAGGCCACAAACCCACUCAGUCCAAGGUAGCCGAGGACCCUGUGGCGUUCCUUCAGGCAGCGCAUUCAGCUGCGGCUAAGGGAAAGACUGAGGAGCAGAUAGCAGCAGAGAGAGCCUGGUAUAAUACAGAGAAAGUAUGGCUUGUUCACAAGGAUGGAUUUUCCUUGGCGACUCUCCUGAAGACAGAGACAGGCAGCCUGCCAGAGGGGAAGGUGAAAAUCCGCCUGGAGAGUGAUGGAUCUUUAUUGGAUGUGGACGAAGAUGAUGUGGAGAAGGCAAACCCUCCCUUGUUUGACCGACUGGAGGACCUGGCCUCGCUGCAGUAUCUGAAUGAGUCGAGCGUGAUGCACUCCCUGCGGCAGCGCUAUGGCAGUAACCUGGUGCACACCCACGCUGGGCCCAACAUGGUGGUCAUUAACCCCAUUAGCGCUCCCUCAAUGUAUUCUGAGAAGGUGAUGCAAAUGUUCAAGGGCUGCAGAAGGGAGGAUGCUGCCCCUCACAUUUACAGCAUGGCACAGGCUGCCUAUAGAAACCUUCUGACCACUCGCCAGGAUCAAUCCAUUGUCUUGCUGGGCAAGAGUGGAAGUGGCAAAACCACCAACUGCCAACACAUCAUCCAGUAUCUGAUAACCAUCGCUGGAAGCACCAACAAAACCUUCUCUACAGAGAAAUGGCAGGCUGUCUAUUCGGUUUUGGAGGCUUUUGGAAAUGCCUCCACCUGUAUGAAUGGGAAUGCUAGUCGCUUCUCGCAUAUUGUUUCACUGGACUUCGACCAGGCGGGCCUGGUGACCUCAGCUUCUAUCCAGACCAUGCUCCUAGAGAAGAUGAGGGUGACAAGAAGACCAGAGGGGGAGUCCACUUUUAAUGUCUUUUACUACCUGAUGGCUGGAGUAGAUAGCUCUCUUAGAACCGAGCUGCACCUCAAUCACUUUGCAGAAAACAAUGCAUUUGGAAUCACAGCACAGACUAAGACAGAGGAUAAGCAGCGGGCCUCGCAGCAGUUUUCCAAGCUGCAAGCAGCCAUGAAGGUUUUGGGAAUCAGUGCUGAUGAGCAAAGGGCCCUCUGGCUUGUCCUUGGGGCAAUCUACCAUCUUGGGGCUGCAGGAGCAACCAAGGCUGGCAGGAAACAAUUUGCACGUCAUGAGUGGGCCCAGAAGGCAGCGUACCUGCUGGGCUGCACCCUGGAGGAGCUCUCCUCCUCCAUCUUCAAGCACCAGGCCAAGGGCACCCUGCCCAGAGCCAGCGCCAUCCGCCAGGCUCCUGACGAAAAUGGUACAGCAGAUGCAGGAUCCAAAGCUACAGCCAUGGAGUGUUUAGAGGCUAUGGCAUCUGGGCUUUACUCUGAAAUCUUCACUAUCCUCAUUUCUCUAAUAAACCGGGCCUUGAAAUCCAGCCAGCACUCCCUGUGCUCGCUGCUCAUAGUGGACACACCAGGCUUUCAAAACCCCAGGCUGGCGAAGCGCGAGUGCGCCGCGACCUUUGAGGACCUUUGCCACAACUACACUCAAGAACGUCUGCAGACUCUCUUCUACCAGCGUACCUUUGUUCAGGAGUUGGAGAGAUAUAAAGAGGAGAACAUCGAGCUUUCUUUAGACGACACAGAACCGAGCACAUCUCUGUCUGUAGCAGUGGUUGACCAGGCCUCAAGCCAAGCACUGGUCCGGACAGUUCGAACGGAUGAGGCCCGAGGCCUGCUGUGGCUGAUGGAAGAGGAGGCGCUACAGCCUGCAGGAUCAGAGGAAACACUGUUGGGACGUCUCUUUAGCUACUAUGGACCCGCUGAGGGCGAGAGUAAAGGUCACACUUUCCUGUUAAAGAGUGAAAAAGAGAAUCAUUUCCUGCUUGGUCACGGCCAUGGGACUGACUGGGUGGAAUACGAUGUCCGUGGGUGGCUGAACUAUGCCAAGCAGAAUCCUGCCUCCAGCAACGCUGCGAGCCUCCUGCAGGACUCCCAGAAGAAGAUCAUCAGCUCACUGUUCAUGAGCCGAGCAGGUGGAGCCACUGUUUUGUCAGGUUCCAUUGCAGGCCUUGAAGGUGUUUCCCAGCUGUCUUUGCGGCGAGCUACUAGUAUGAGAAAGACUUUCACCACAGGGGUGGCUGCUAUCAAGAAGAAGUCCUUGUGCAUCCAGAUAAAGCUUCAAGUGGAUGCUCUCCUCGACAUGGUGCGGAGAUCCAGGAUUCAAUUUGUUCACUGCAUACUGCCCAAGGCGGAUGCCCUGAAGGCUCUGAGUGGAUCCCUGUUCAAAGGAGGGGAAUGUGAGGCUCAAGGGGAGAGUGGAGAUCCUGGCUUAAUGCAGCUAGAUGUAGCACUGCUCCGUGCCCAGAUACGUGGAUCCAAGCUGCUCGAUGCUCUACGGAUCUACAGGCAAGGUUAUCCUGAUCACAUGGUGUUCUCUGAGUUUCGGCGGCGCUUCGAUGUACUGGCACCGCACCUCACCAAGAAGCACGGGAGGAAUUACAUCGUGAAGGACGAGCAGAGAGCUGUGGAAGAGCUAUUGGACUCCCUGGAUUUGGAGAAAAGUAGCUACCACAUGGGUUUGAGCAGGUUGUUCUUCAGAGCUGGCACCUUGGCUAAGCUGGAGGAGCAGAGGGAUGAGCAGACCAAGCGUAAUUUAACCCUGUUCCAAGCUGCCUGUAGGGGUUACCUGGCUCGACAAGCCUUCAAGAAGAGAAAGAUUCAGGAUCUGGCAAUCCGGUGCAUCCAGAAAAACAUUAAGAAGAACCGUGGUGUGAAGGACUGGCCAUGGUGGAAGGUCUUCACCACAGUGCAGCCCCUCAUUAAAGUCCAGCUGACGGAGGAUCAAAUGCGAAGCAAAGACGAGGAGAUACAACUGCAGAAAGUGAAGCUCGAGAGGGUGGAGAAAGAGCGAAAUGAGCUGAGACUGAACACGGAUCGAUUGGAGAGCAAGAUUGCUGAGUUGUUGGCAGAACUUGCUGAUGAGAGAAGCACUAGUGAGUCAGCAUCCCAGUUGCUGGAAACUGAGACCUCAGAGAGACUGCGCCUGGAGAAGGACAUGAAGGAUCUACAGGUAAAGUUUGACACCAUGAAGAAGCAAUUAGAAUCACAGGAGAUGGAGGUGAUGGAAGCACGGCUUAUGAAAUCAUCAGAGCUGAACGGGGAGAUGGACGAUGAUGAAGAUGCUGGAGGCGAGUGGCGGAUAAAAUACAAUCGAGCCAUUCGCGAAAUGGACUUCACCAAAAAGAAACUUCAGCAGGAGUUUGAUGACAAGCUUGAGACAGAGCAGCAGAGCAAAAGACAACUUGAGAGAAAGCUGACUGAUUUGCAGACAGAUAAUGAGGAUGUGCAGCGCUCUGUGCAGCAGCUGAAGAAGAAGUGCCAGAAACUGACUGCCGAGCUGCAGGACACCAAGCUUCAUCUGGAGGGCCUACAGAGCCGCAACCAUGAUCUGGAGAAGAAACAGAGAAAGUUUGACCUGGAGCAGAACCAGGCUCAGGCUGAGGUACAAAGGGAGAGGAGCCAGAGGGAGAAGCUGGCUCGAGAGAAAGACAUAAUGACUGGUGAGAUGUUUAACCUCCGCCAGCAGCUGCAGGACAAGGACACCGAAUUGUGCGCCGUAAAUGUAAAGGUGCAGCAGCUGGAGGCAGAGCUGCAGGAUCUGUCGUCCCAGGAGUCCAAGGACGAGGCCUCGCUGGCCAAGGUCAAGAAGCAGCUUCGUGACCUCGAAGCCAAGGUGAAAGACCAGGAGGAGGAGCUGGACGAACAGGCUGGAACCAUCCAAAUGCUGGAGCAGGCCAAACUGCGCCUUGAGAUGGAGAUGGAGAGGCAGAGGCAGACCCACUCUAAAGAAAUUGAGAGCAAGGAUGAAGAGGUAGAAGAGAUCAGGCGGUCCUGCAGUAAGAAGCUGAAGCAGAUGGAGGUACAGCUGGAGGAGGAGUACGAAGACAAGCAGAAAGUGUUGCGUGAGAGAAGAGAUCUGGAGUCCAAACUGCUGAAUGCCCAGGACCAGGUGAGCCAGAGGGAUGUGGAGACAGAGAAGAGGCUGAAGAAAGACUUGAAGAGAACCAAAGUCCUCCUGGCUGAUGCACAGAUUAUGCUGGACCACCUGAAGAGUAAUGCCCCGAGCAAAAGGGAGAUCGCUCAGCUCAAAAAUCAACUGGAGGAGUCAGAGUUCACCUGUGCAGCAGCAGUGAAGGCUCGAAAGGGCAUGGAGAUUGAAAUAGAGGACUUGCAUAUCCAAAUGGAGGAUGUGGCCAAAACAAAGAUGUCGUUGGACGAGCAAGUCGGCCGGCUGCAGAGAGAGAAGAACGACCUGCAAUCACGCAUGGAGGAGGAUCAGGAGGAUCUGAAUGAGCUGAUGAAGAAACACAAGGCUGCUGUUGCCCAGUCUGCCAGGGACUUGAGCCAGAUCAGUGACCUGCAGGCCCAGCUGGAAGAAGCCACAAAAGAGAAGCAGGAGAUCCAAGAAAAGCUUCAUUCGCUGCAGAGCCAGCUAGAGUUCCAGGAACAGUCCAUGGUGGAGAAGUCGCUUGUGAGCCGUCAGGAGGCCAAGAUCCGUGAGCUGGAAACCAAGCUGGAGUAUGAGAGGACGCAGAUCAAGCGCUUGGAGAGUCUGGUGGGUCGUCUGAAGGAGAACCUUGAAAAGAUGACAGAAGAGAGAAACCAACGCAUCGCUGCAGAAAACAGGGAGAAAGACCAGAAUAAGCGCAUGCAGAGGCAAAUGAGGGACAUAAAGGAAGAAAUGGCAGAACUGUCCAAGAAGGAGGGUGAGGCGAGCCGCAAGAAGCACGAGCUGGAAAUGGACAUCGAGAGCUUAGAGGCGGCAAAUCAGAGCUUACAAGUGGACCUCAAGCUAGCCUUCAAGAGGAUAGGGGACCUGCAGGCUGCCAUUGAGGAUGAGAUGGAGAGUGAUGACAAUGACGACUUAAUCAACAGUUUGCAAGACAUGGUGACAAAAUAUCAGAAAAGAAAGAACAAAACUGGGGACGACACAGAAACAGAUUCGGAGGUGGAGGACCGUGUGGAUGGAGUUAAGUCUUGGCUCUCGAAGAAUAAAGGCUCCACCAAGACUCUGUCAGAUGAGGGAAGUCUAAAGAGCACCAGAUAUGCAGCAAAUGCCGAUGCCAAGGAGAUGAAAGAAGGUAAGGAGAAGAUGAAUGACAGCAGUAAAGAUGGGAAAGAAGUAGAGCAGAGCAGAUCAGUGUCUGUCAUGAGUUCCUUAAGCUACCGGAAACGCUCCAACCUGAAAGACUCCAUUGGGGGAACAGGCGAUGAGAGCUCCCUGUUCAGCACUCUCAAAGAGCAGCCUGACACUCCAGAUCACUCCUCCAUUCGCAAAGCCAAGUCAAAGUCUGGAGAGCUCCAGGAUGAUUGGAAGAAGGCACAGGAGGACUUAGAUGACAAAGGCUCUGUUAUCUCCAUGGCCUAUUCUGAAGCCACGAGCAGAGCCAGGAAGGGCUUAGACUCCCGUUGGACUUCCCGCAGCAGCCCUGAGUUUGACAAGGAGUCCAUGGUGUCCUCUGUGGCUCCCAGCAGGAUGUCCACCAGGAGAGCAAUGGUGGACAUGGAUGAUGACAAUAAGUCGACUAUCAGCAGCGUGAGCCGCUCCAGCCCUCGAUCGCUACAUCGCAGCAGCUCGUGGAAGGAUGACCGACGCAGCAGCUCUCGCUUGUCUCUUGCUCGCAGCUGUGGCCUCAGUGAAUUUGGUCUACAUGUAGAUGAUGACGAUGAUGAUGAUGCCCGAAGUGUGGCUUUUAGUGAAGGGGGGACCUCAGCUUACAGUCCACGCUCCCUCAGUCGCAGCUUUUCUAAUCCGGCUCAGCCACGCUCCUCAGACAGCGCUCUGCCAGACUCAUCGGACAUCAAAACAGUCAGCCACCGAAACUACCUGGACCCGGAUUUGGAGGCUGCAAUUAAUGAGGUGCUGAGCUUCAAACCCAUAAAGUUCAAGCGCAGCAAACUUGAUGAGUCCAGUGAUGAUGAAGACAGUGAGAAGAAGGGGCCUGGAAGUGAGGACAGUAGAAAGAAGGGCGACGAUGAGGGAUUAGGUACAUCUAGCCUGCUUCGCUCCUCCUCAAGCUCGGCUCUGGACUACGGCAAUCGACCAUCCAGCACCCUGAGCACCAGCAGCUCCCGCAGUCGUAAAGAUAAAAAAAGCAAAGCCCCAUCAUCGGACUCCUCCUCCUCUUCCUCCUCUUCCUCCUCAGAUGAUCGCCACAGCAGAAAGAGCUCGAAGGGGAAAAAGAGCAAGAAGUCCAAGAAGAAAUCUAAGAAGAAACAAAGCGAAUCAGAAGAUUCGUCUUCCUCUUCUGAAUCUUCCUCCUCCUCCAACUCCACCAUCUCAUACCGCAGCUCCAGCAGUGUUAAAAGAGGCCCGAAAAAAACAUCUGAGGAUGAGAAGGAGCUUGCAGGUCGUGGACGUUCUGGCAAGAAGGACACGAAGAAGAAACAGAAGAUGGAUAACCUGGUGAUGAAGUACCUCUACAAGCCUGACAGUGACUGAUUCCAACAGAAGAAGCCCUCCUGUGUACCGGAGACACCUGAGUCUUGGCAGAUCUGAUGAAGAGGAUGAGGUGGACAGAGACUCCAGCAGGCAGCCGCUGAGGCAGAGCGAUGGCGAAGGCUUAGCGGCAGAGAGCUCGUCGUAACACACAGCCAG